AUGCAGCAGCUUAAAAACGAUACAGAUGUUUGCACUACCACUGUCGAGAGUAAUGCAGAUAUCAAAGAGACCUUGACAGCUGAUGUAAUGGUGGUGCGACAACGAUUAAAACGAAAGCUUGAUCUACGAUUCGUGGUAUGGGCUUUUUUGGGCUAUUUUGCUACAUACCUCGAUCGAAGCAACUUGCCGAAUGCAUACGUUAGUGGCAUGAAAGAGGAUUUACUGCUUGAGUCAUCUGCUUACAACUGGGCCGAUACGGUCAUGCGUCUUGGGUACAAUCUGGUUCAAAUCCCUGGAUGCUUGAUACUACCCAAGGUGUAUCCAAGAUGGUUUCUUCCCACCCUCCCCUUGUUGUCUGGUGUCAUUCAAUGCUGCAUGUCUCUAGUCAAAAACCACCAAGGUUUAUUAGCUCUCAGGUUUUGCCUCGGUCUCGCUCAAUCGAUCUUUCAACCAGGGAUUGUUUUUCUCUUGGGAAAUUGGUACAUCGAGCAAGAGGUGACAAAACGUGUUAGUAUCUAUAAAGCAUCCAUGGGAGUCUCAGGUGCGGUUGGUGGUCUUAUUGCUGGUUCAAUUGUGGAAACCAUUGCCGACAAAUCAGGGCUUCGUGCAUGGCAAUGGCUCUUUGUUGUUGAAGGGCUAAUUGCUAUCUUUGUCGGUAUCCUUGGAUAUUUCAUGGUACCCAAUUAUCCACAUCAAGCAACGUCAUGGAUCAGUGAGCAAGAACGCAUGGUUACCAUGGAAAGGCAGGCAUCACAAAAGAGAGAGAUAUCAGCUGCGCCUUAUAGUUGGAGAAUCUUGAAGCAAAUUCUCUUGAGGCCUUAUACCUGGUUAAUGACAUACAUCGCAAUGUCGGCACUCUUCAUGGAUUGUAUGGCGAGCUUCUUUGUGGUCAUACUCAAGGAUAUGGGCUAUGACAGCGCCUUUGCCAAUUACAUGUCCACCCCACUUAAUCUCUUCAAUGCUUUGACGUCGCUUGCGAUUGGCUAUUCAUCUGACUGGUUUAAUGAUCACAUUGUCCAUACCGGUAUUCUCGCAGCAUGGGGAACCAUUUGGAGCAUUAUUGUCUCUGCCGUCAAUCAUGGGGAUAAUCCUGCACCCUUGGUCUUUGUCGCAGCUUAUGCAUUCACCAUUGUGGAUGCAAUGAUAUCCCUUGUCUUUGUAUGGGUCAUGGAAAUUUACAAAGGUGACAUCAAUUCACGCGCCAUGGCACUUGGCCUUGUAAAUGGCCUCGGGCUUCUCAUUCCAAGCUUUGCAAAAGUCAAGCUUUGGGUUGUCACGGAUUCACCAGUAUUCUGGUUGGGAAAGAUCUCAAAUGUGGGCAUUGGGUGUGCAUCAGUGGUCGCUGUUUUGUUGUCAUGGUUCCUCAUCCGCAUCAAGUUUAUGCUCCCAAGCCCUAUGAAGCAAACGGAGAAACAUGACCCUGAAAAACACAAGGUUGAUGCUUGA